UUUUAGCUACGAAUCGAAGCACACAAGUAGAUGGAAAGUGAAAAACAUAUCACAAAACAUUAAAAUGCAGUCGCGUAUCUGUUCCGUUGCCAUUCCUCAAUUUUCAAGGAAUUUCUUUCGUGCAUUCUCUAAGUCGGGAAAUAAAAUGGCUCCAAUAAAGGUAGGUGACAAACUUCCUUCAAUAGAUCUCUUCGAAGAUUCACCGGCAAAUAAAAUAAAUACUGCUGAUUUGACAUCAAAUAAGAAAGUAAUAAUCUUUGCCGUGCCUGGUGCAUUUACGCCUGGCUGCUCAAAGACUCACUUACCAGGAUUUGUGUCGAAUGCUGAUUCAUUGAAAACUGAACAAGGCGUUAAUGAAAUAGUUUGCGUUUCUGUAAAUGAUCCAUUUGUUAUGUCUGCUUGGGGAAAAGAACAUAAUACUGCCGGAAAAGUCCGCAUGUUAGCUGAUCCCUCCGGCUCAUUUGUUAAGUCUUUAGAAUUAACAAUUGACCUACCACCUUUGGGUGGUUUGCGUUCAAAACGUUUUUCAAUGGUCAUAGAAAAUGGAGAAGUGAAAGAGUUGAACGUUGAACCUGAUGGCACCGGGCUAAGCUGUUCUUUAGCAAAUAACAUUGGAAAACAUUAAAAUAUUUUAUGUAUAUACACAUGUGUACGUUCAGAAUCAUAUGUGAUUAUAUGAUCUAUAGCUUAAGAGACUACUGUUACAAAUAAAAAUAUGGUAGUGGUUUUACCCGUAAACCUAUAUAUAUACAUACGAAUAUAAUGUGUAAAUUCAUAAUUAUCAAAUAAAUUUAACACAACUUGAGAGUGUAAAAUCUUACUUCGGA